UCUACCGUUGGCGAUUAGCCGCCCUGAGAACUUUCUCUGAUGUUCUGACAUCAGCAUUCGCCAUCCUGGUCGAUUACCUCCGCGGUUUUGAAACCCUUUCCUUCUUACGGGUCCAGGUACCGAAGACCCGAUCGCAGUCACUCCCCACCGUCUGUCUUGUCCUUCCAAUUUUUGAUCUGGGUGUUUUCUUUCUCUCCUAGUCUCGCUUCUCCUCCCUACAUCUCUAAUACAGAGACGGCGUCCACAGCAACUUGUCAGUUCUCCAUUCUGGUGUUGGUGAAAGGCGAUAAAGGCGGUGUAUCACCUAAUGCACCCUUCUGUAUGGAUUCUCUAUGAUCUUUCCUGUUUUGUGAUGCUGAGCUCUCCUUCUCUGCCGCUCUCUCAUUUGUCAGCUCAGCCUGGAGACUGGUUUACACCGACACACGGAGAUAGACAGGCAAAGGUUCUCAACUGUUCCUCGUACUUGUUUCGUGAGACGACAACCGUAGUGCAUACUUCCUUUCAACCCUCGCUAGCAGUACUAACGGUUAUAGCGAUUACUUUACAGUCAACGUUUUAUUUUCCUGGUCUGUUCCAAUCACGGUACGAUAAUCCUUCGAGGUUGAAUGAGAUAUACCUGCCCGUCCACUGGCCUUGCUCUGAUGCAUCGAUUACCAAUUCCUGUGACCAGAAUCGUACGAUUCCGCGCGCAGUGGAUGACUUUGUGUGUUUUGGACAUCCUCUGACAAUGCAAGCACGAUGAGGACGAGAAUAAAUUUAUUCACCUCACCAAUUUUUCUUUGUCUUCCUCUAAUUACCUGAUAUCACCAUAUUAUCAAACAGAACCAUGGAAAGGACGAGCCCAGAAUGGAAUGCCAGGACCCUGCGAACAGAAACGUACACGAUGGUCUAUGUUUAGCCCGUUAUGCUCGGAGACAUCAGAUGGAGAAAUUAGACAUCCAAGUUUAAAACUCAAACCCCGCGGCUUUUAUCGACCCAGACGCGUCGCGCACGCGAGUCAAUCACUCUGGACUCUGCUGUGUUCCGAAAUUCCAGAUUGCAUAGCAGGCCCCUGUGCAAAGCAUUGAGUUAUGAUCUGACAACGAGCUCUCCAAUAUAUCUUUCAUCAGCCAUGCGUUGGAGCGGUGUUUCUUAUAUAAUUUGUCUCGACCG